CCAGUGGUGAUCACCCGGAAGUAGUAAUUAUAGAUCUUUCUUUUGUACAAAUUUUGUCAAUAACGCGAUAGAAUUCGGUCUUCUACUCUGAUUUGAAGAUUUCCAAAUCUGUUGAAUGGCCAUGCUUUCCUGUUGCCUCUAGCUCCCCUGAAUGUAAACGUCGGUGAAUUUGCCAAAGUCACGGUUGUUGCCAACAGACAAUUGGACACUGCGUUAGCUGAGGUUUCGUCACUCUGGACAGGGGAGGGACAUACCUGGGGCCAAGGAUGCCCACUGGGCAGCCUAUGACUAGUCCCAUGGUGGACAGGGAACACGGAGGAAUGCGACACACACCAUAUAUGGGACAGCCGGACUACAGAAUACACGAGCUCAACAAGAGACUACAGCAGAGGAGCGAGGAGAGUGACAAUUUGUGGUGGGAUGCUUUUGCCACCGAGUUCUUUGAGGACGAUGCCAGCCUGACCCUGUCCUUCUACCUGGAGGACGGCCCCAAACGAUACACCAUUGGUCGUACCUUGGUGCCGCGGUACUUCCGGAGUAUAUUUGAGGGCGGGGUCACGGACCUGUACUACAUACUGAAACACUCGAAGGAGUCGUUCCACAACACCUCCAUCACACUGGACUGUGACCAGGCCACCAUGAUCACCCAUCACGGCAAACCAAUGUUUACAAAGGUGGUGACUGAGGGCAGGCUGAUAUUGGAGUUCACAUUUGACGACCUAAUGCGAAUACGGUCAUGGCAUUUCCAAGUCCGUCAGCACCGCGAACUAAUCCCCAGAAGUGUGAUUGCUAUGCAGCAGGAUCCAGCUAUGGUGGAACAGAUCUCCAAGAAUAUUACCAGACAGGGCCUGACAAACUACACACUGAAUUUCCUUAGGUUAUGUGUGAUCCUGGAACCCAUGCAGGAGUUAAUGUCUCGUCACAAGGCCUAUGGGUUGAAUCCUAGGGACUGUCUCAAAACAACUUUAUUCCAGAAAUGGCAGCGCAUGGUAGCACCUCCAGGAAAGGGGAAACCAGAAAAUCCAAGACAAGCUGGAAAAAGAAGAAAACGAAAGUCUUCAGCUGGUACUGGAGGAAACAUGAAUCCUGGGGGAGGAGGUGGAAAGAAGAGGUCUCCUGGUCCUCAGGGCAUGCCCCCCUCAGCUCCAGGGGAUGUAAUGGUUGUCGGGGAACCCACCCUGAUGGGAGGGGAGUUUGGCGAUGAAGACGAGCGACUGAUCACACGACUAGAAAACAGUCAGUUCGAGCCAAACAACACGGAGGAGGACAAUAAAGACUUUCAAAACUCUCCCAGUCUCCAACAAAGUCCCUGGGGUCAGGACAAGAAGACCCCCACAGGGGGGAAUAGUGGUGCAGGGACCCCAGGGGCUGUUCAGCAGCCCAAUUCAGAGGAAACAAAGGUCAAAGUGGAAUGAUUAAUCUCAACUGCAUGAACACUACUCAAACAUAACAUGUACAGUGUACAUAUUCCUGCUUGUCAUACCAGUUCGUUUGAAUGAGGAUUUUAUGUUGCAGUAUAUGGCAACUGAUAACUUGACAUCUUUGUUGUGUUAUUUUCACAUUCUUCUCGUGCAUCAGUACUGAAUCAAAGUUUAUUAUUUAUGACAUGUUUCAUAUAUGAUCCCAUGUGUUAUAAUUUCAUACAUGUGACUUAUUUUUUUUGGUUCAAUGAAUAGCAUAGUUUAAAUUUGUUCAAAUGGUUUAAGGAAUGAUAUUUUAUAGAACUUUUGUUUUUGAAAUAUUGUCAGAUACCCAGGUGUGGUCAUCAUGGUUAGUAAAUGACAUGAUAACAAGUACAAUAGGUGUCCGUUUGAAAAGUGUUUGUAAAGAUGCAACGUUGGAUUUGGAGCAGAAAGUUACAAUAUCGGCACAUUACAUUUAUUUAUUUUAACUAAAAUUCCAAUCUUAAGAUAUAUAUAUUUUGAUUUACACUUUAUGAUGCUGGUUGCAUUGAUGACAUUACAUACAUUUAAGAGAAUCAGAGACAAGUGAAUUUGUUUGUAAACUUUACCCAGAUUUCUGUGGUAUCUCAUAUGAAACAACGUUCAAGGUAGGCAAUGGCCUUGAAUUAUGAAAAGGCAGCGUUUUAUUUAUUGUUAUACCAUAUAUACAUGCAUGAUAUCAUAAGUUGUUCAGAAAACAAAAGUGGUGAUCUUAUUUGUCCAUUUUCAUGUAACUUGCUGCAAAAAUUUGGUUCUCAGAUUUCUAAUUUUUUUUUCUUUUAAGAUCUGUUGAUCAGAAAUUUAGAAAAUUAAGUAUGCAUGUAAAUGUAUUUAUAGUUUAUUGUUUUAAACAAAAUCAUUACUAUAUACAUAUAUAUAGGUAUUUAGGUUAUUGAAAUUGCAAGCAAUACUGGUAUUGUAGGUUGGCUAUUUUGACAUAUUUAUAACUUUUUUGAGCUGCAUUAGGUGUGGUUACUUUAACUAUAGUGCUUAGUCUACAUUAUUUACAGUCACUUUUUACCAGCAGAACAGGCUGCGAACAUUUUUACAGAAAUGAAUGAAUGGAAUGAUGGCAUGGUCUUUGUUGUGUCUGUAGAUCUGUAUAUCAUUGUAUCACUUGCUGUAAGAAGUCAAUAUUUAUCAUUAUUUGUCAAUAAAGAUCUGAGACUGUAA